ACGUCGCCAGCGCCAAAUAGCUGUCGCCGCGCGUCGGUUUACGUCUCGUUUCCCCACCCUUCCACGCAGGACAGCAUCCCCAAGCAAAUUCCCCUUCCUUCUUCCCUCCGGCUCUGCCCUAUUGCUAUUGGACCAACCGAAUCCGCUAGAAUCCUUCCACAAGCUGCUCCUCCGAUCCAAUCGCCGCCGCCGCCUACGCCGUGAUCCAAGAUGUCGUACGCCUACCUCUUCAAGUACAUCAUCAUCGGUGACACAGGCGUGGGGAAGUCAUGCUUGCUGCUGCAGUUCACCGACAAGAGGUUCCAGCCCGUGCACGACCUCACCAUCGGCGUCGAGUUCGGCGCCCGCAUGAUCACCAUCGACAACAAGCCCAUUAAGCUCCAGAUUUGGGACACGGCUGGCCAAGAAUCAUUCAGAUCUAUAACUCGAUCAUACUACAGAGGGGCUGCUGGUGCGCUUUUGGUUUAUGAUAUCACCAGGAGGGAGACUUUUAACCAUCUCGCAAGCUGGCUAGAGGAUGCAAGGCAGCAUGCAAAUGCCAACAUGACAGUUAUGCUUAUCGGAAACAAAUGUGAUCUGUCUCAUAGACGUGCUGUCAGCUACGAGGAAGGUGAACAGUUUGCCAAGGAGAAUGGUCUGGUCUUUAUGGAGGCAUCUGCAAAAACAGCACAAAAUGUUGAGGAGGCAUUUAUUAAGACCGCUGGGACAAUAUACAAGAAAAUCCAAGAUGGUGUUUUUGAUGUAUCUAAUGAGUCCUACGGAAUCAAGGUUGGCUACGCUGUCCCCAACGCAUCCGGAGGUGGUGCUGGCUCGUCCUCUCAAGGCGGUGGCUGCUGCAGCUAAGUCAAUUUUCGAUGAAGCCAUGUGUAAAACAUGUUCCUUGCAAUAUUUUGAUGCUGCCUAGUGAGUUUAAGGAAAAGAAAUAGCUGGCCAGAUUAUCGUUGUUCUCUGCACCAUUGACGUUGUAAUCGGUGAGCAAAUGUUCAUCAAUGGUACUUGCCUACAGUCUGCAAUCUUUCUGUAAAGUAAACAUCAUACAUCUACGGCUACUACAAGUUUGUGUCUGUAUCUAAAUGAAAUGAUGUGAAUAUUCAUUUGUUCAAUGUAAUAAUGCUUCGUGGACCACAAACCUGGUUGUAUGGCAAUCGCACUGGCACUGUACUCUGAUUGGAUCCCGUGCAACAAUAUUUUGCCAGACU